AAAUAAUUUUAAUUAAAAUAAAAUUAGAAUCGGAAAAAAACUCGAACAUGGGGUGGGGAGCACAAACAGAAACUAGCCGGUGAGCCCAAGCACGCGCUCACGAGUUUACUAAAAAACUCCGGCUCCCUAACAGCCUCCGUCGCCGGACAUCACAGCCCAGAAGGAGAAGACGACGGCAUCUGAGUUCUGAACCAGUGAAAGAGUGAACGCUAGCUUUGUGAGUCGCGACCUUUGAACCUCCCUCCCAGCCUCCAUCGCCCGACAUUGCAGCCUUCGAACCCUAGCCAUCGCCGGACAUUGCAGCGGUGCAGCCUCCAUUGCCGUACGUCGCUUCGUGGAAGGCUUGAAUCCUCUUCAAGCCAGCUGAAUCAGAAGCAGGCAAGGGUCAGACUCCCUGCAUCUCUGCAAAGUGCAGGUCCAAUCCAAGCACAGAAGAUGUCGACACUGAAGGAAAUUCUAACCAGGAGACCGGUGGCAGCCACUAUACGGCUCACUGUACCAGCUGGUGCUGCUCGCCCAGCUCCGCCAGUUGGACCAGCACUGGGGCAGUACCGGCUGAACCUUAUGGCAUUUUGCAAGGACUUUAAUGCUCGAACACAGAAGUACAAGCCUGAUACUCCCAUGGCAGUGACCAUCACAGCAUUCAAGGACAACACUUUCGAGUUCACUGUGAAGUCACCCUCAGUCACCUGGUACCUCAAGAAGGCUGCAGGCAUUGAUUCAGGCAGCAGCCGGCCUGGCCACAUCACUGCCUCCUCCCUAACCCUCAAGCACAUCUAUGAGAUUGCCAAGAUCAAGCAGUCUGAUCCCUAUUGCCAGUACAUGUCCCUAGAGGCCAUCUCCAAAUCAAUAAUCGGAACUGCCAAUACCAUGGGAAUUAAGGUUGUCAAGGAGUUGGAUUAAUUUUGCUCAAAGAAUUGAGGUUUUUCUUCUUUAGAAUCUCUUUUUGCUUGCUGAGACAGAAACGUAGUUACUUUUUUUUUUUUUUUUCCAUGUUUAAAUAGAAGGGCGAUUUGUGUUAUGCUCUCAUUUAUGUUGGAAUGAAUUGUUCCAAUCAACGAGGAGUUGCUUGUUUUGCUUUUCUAUUGCUGUUAUUGGCCAUGCCCAUGAACUAUGUUAUGUGCUUGGGAGUAAAGAAUCAUAGUUGGAAAA